UUCAAAAGAGUGAACGUUCCAGCGGCAGUCGUCGGUCCACGGUUACACAUCGCCUCGAGUCAGACACAGUCAGGUAACUAUAACUAUAAUAAUCAUAAUAAUAUUUCGCACGGGAGCGGGACAACGUUUGGCUGAGGACGUGGACACACAGAGUCGGGAACCGGAAAGUGGGCCAGCCGCCGCCAGAACGUAAACACACAAGUGAUAAUGGAGGACUACUUGAAGAUAGAGAAAAUUGGGGAAGGCACCUAUGGGGUGGUGUACAAGGGCAGGCACAAGGCCACCGGGCAGAUCGUGGCCAUGAAGAAGAUCCGUCUGGAGAGUGAGGAGGAGGGGGUUCCCAGCACCGCCGUCAGGGAGGUCUCUCUGCUUCAGGAGCUCAAGCAUCCCAACGUCGUACGACUGCUGGAUGUCCUGAUGCAGGAGUCUCGUCUCUACCUCAUCUUUGAGUUCCUGUCCAUGGACCUGAAGAAGUACCUGGAUUCCAUCCCCUCCGGGCAGUACAUGGACCCUAUGCUGGUCAAGAGCUACCUGUACCAGAUCCUGGAAGGUAUUUUUUUCUGUCACUGUCGUCGAGUCCUCCACCGGGACCUGAAACCCCAGAACCUCCUUAUCGACAACAAGGGGGUCAUCAAACUGGCGGACUUCGGCCUUGCCCGGGCCUUUGGUGUUCCUGUCAGGGUCUACACCCACGAGGUUGUAACUCUUUGGUACCGGGCUCCAGAGGUCCUCCUGGGUUCACCCCGGUAUUCGACCCCUGUGGACGUUUGGAGCACCGGAACCAUCUUCGCUGAACUCGCCACCAAGAAGCCUCUGUUUCAUGGAGACUCUGAGAUCGACCAGCUCUUCAGGAUCUUCAGGACCCUGGGAACCCCCAAAAAUGAUGUGUGGCCCGAAGUAGAGAGCCUACCAGACUACAAAAACACCUUCCCUAAGUGGAAGGGUGGCAACAUCUCGUCAAUGGUGAAAAACCUGGAUAAGAAUGGCCUCGACCUACUGGGGAAAAUGUUGACAUACAAUCCUCCCAAGAGGAUCUCGGCGCGGGAGGCCAUGACCCACGCGUACUUUGACGACCUGGACAAAUCCACCCUGCCCGCUGCCAGCAUCAACGAAGUCUGAGGCACAUUAUGACACACAAACACACCCAUACCCCAUUGUGAAUUAUCAUUCUGUAAAUACUUGUGUGUGGAAAUUUGUUGUAGAUCUUUAGUAAAGUUCUGUCUGUCGGCAAUGUCUUUUCAAUAAAACUGCACUUUCUGUGAUUCCUUUAACUUUAAA